AUGGUCAAGCCCGCCGAAGAGGUCGUCUCCGAGUUCAACGAGUACGUCAACAUGACGGCCGAGGAGCUCGAGUCCUGGCUCAAGUCGGGCGACUCCAACAGCGCCGGCUGGCCCAAGGACGACGCCGAAGGCGACGACGGCGAGACGGUCGGGCACGACAGCGGGCGCAAGAUCGUCGAGAUCCUGCGGGCGAACCCCGACAAGAAGGAGGACGCGUACACGGAAGAGCAGGUCGAGCACAUGCGCAAGGUCGUGGCGUACUGCAAACGGCAUCUCGCUCAGGAGACCAAGUCGAAUAGCGAAAAGUCGCCCGAGGAGGUGAAGAAGACCAAGUCGUACGCGUCGCUGAAGAACUGGGGGCACGACUUUCUCAAGGCUCAGGGCGGCGGGUCAUCCACGGGUGAAGAGGCCGCCGAGAAGACUGGGUCAAACGGGUCCAAGGAGAAGAACGGAUCGAAUAAGAAGGGAGAAGAAGAGGAGGAGGAGGAAGAGAAGGAGGAAGAGAUGGAGGAAGAGAAGGAGGAAGAGCCCGAGCAGGCCGAUGACGCCGAGGAAGAGGCGGCAGAGGAGGAGACCGAGGAGAAGGCCGGUGACAAGCGGAAGAACGCCAGCGACGAGAACGGCUCCAGCAAAAAGAGGCAAACCCGCCAGGGCGAGGGCAAGGCGGCCGAGGAGUCGGAGGAGAACGGCGGCGAAGACGGCGACGACAAGACGACAAAGGGCCCCGAGAAGGGCGACACGGUCAGCUGGAACUGGGGCAACGGGCAUCCCGAGGGCAAGGUGCUCGACGUCAAGGGCGAGAAGACGACCAUCGAGACGAAGCGCGGCAACGAGGUGUCUCGCGAUGGGAAGCCCGAAGACCCGGCUGUCGUGCUGGACACUGGCAAGUCCAAGGCCAUCAAGUCGGCCCACGAACUGAACGAGGCGUGA